GCAGCACCAUGGCGGUCAGAAAGAAGAAGCGCCUUACGAAAGGCGGUAAAAAGGGAGCCAAGAAGAAAGUGGUUGACCCAUUUUCUAAGAAAGAUUGGUAUGAUGUGAAAGCACCAGCUAUGUUCAAUGUAAGAAAUAUUGGGAAAACACUAGUCACGAGAACUCAAGGAACCAAAAUCACAUCUGAUGGCCUUAAGGGUUGUGUGUUUGAAGUGAGCCUUGAUGAUCUGCAGAAUGAUGAAGUUGCAUUUAGAAAAUUCAAGCUUAUUACUGAGGAUGUUCAGGGCAAAAACUGCCUGACUAAUUUCCAUGGCAUGGACCUUGCCCGUGACAAAAUGUGCUCCAUGGUCAAAAAAAUGGCAGACCAUGACUGAAGCUCACGUUGAUGUCAAGACUACCCAUGGUUAUUUGCUUCGUCUCUUCUGUGUGGGUUUUACUAAAAAACACAAUAAUCAGAUUUGGAAGACCUCUUAGGCCCAGCACCAGCAGGUCCGCCAGAUCCACAAGAAGGUGAUGGAAAUCAUGACCCGAGAGGUGGAGACAAAUGACUUGAAAGAAGUGGUCAAUAAAUUGAUUCUAGACAGCAUUGGAAAAGACAUAGAAAAGGCCUGCCAAUCUAUUUAUCCACUCCAUGAUGUCUUUGUUAGAAAAGUAAA